GUUCAUAACUUAGACAACAUGACACAACGUAAACAUAUUAAAAUAAAUUGGUAUAAUUCUUAAAUGAGAUAGAGGAACAAGUUUAAGUUUUAAAUAUUAUAAUAUAUUUAAAAAUAAUUACAUUUCAUAUAUUAUUAAACAUGUGUUAUUUAAAAAUGGUUAAGCUCAAUAUUCUACUAACUUUAACGCUUGUUGGAUACGUGACUUGUGGAUCAGUGUUUAAGACGAUCAUCACAAACGGAACAGGGCCGAUUCCAACGAACGGACAAACAGUUAGUGUACACUACACGGGAACAUUACAAAAUGGAGAGGUGUUCGACUCGUCACGUGACAGGAAUGAACCAUUCAAGUUCAAGCUUGGUAUGGGGGAAGUUAUAUCUGGAUGGGACGCUGGCGUUUCAUCGAUGAAGGUUGGAGAGCGGGCGAACAUCGAGAUCCCUCCAGAAUAUGCGUACGGUGUCGAAGGAUAUCCGCCUGUCAUACCAGCGUCUGCAACAUUAACGUUCGAUAUUGAGUUGCUAGGCAUAGAGGAAGUGACACCUGCCGCUCCACCUGCACCAGCUCCGGUCGCCCCACAGCCUGUCGCCACGUCCUUGGGAUCAUUUACCCAGUCGCAAUUCGGUACAGGAACAGGAUCAGCGUUUUCAAAACCGUCCUCUGCAGGCGGGACGUUCCCUUCCUUUAGUGGAUUUCAGUCCACUGGAGGCAUAUCACAAACAUUUCCAUCAAAUACACCAACGUUUUCGUCAAAUACGGAAUUUUCUUCACAGCAAGGAUUCGGAGGUGGCGGAAGUAAUUUUGGUUCCCAGCCAAGGAUGCCCGCACAGCCGGCGCAACCGGCUCAGCGGCCCGCGUUCACAGCGCCUGACCCACCCAUGCCUGCAAGACAAUCCAUUUCCAGUUUCCAGCCACGAGGUACGGCAGACUUCCAGUCAUCCGGAUUUACUGGGUCAAACACCCAGCCCGGUACAUCGACCUCAGGCGGAGGCUGGUUUAAUCCGCCACCACAGACACCCGCUCAGUCGUCCGCUUCAACAAACAGGUUCCCUUCAAGAGCGUCCCAACCAACAGGAGGCUUCGGGCAAGGAUUUACCCCAGGACAAAACACGUUCGAUAGUCGUGGAUCUGGUAACGGUUUUGGCUCGACUCCCGGACGGACAAACGACGGUUCAGCUGGAAGCACUACUGGGUCUACUUUUGCAAGAGACCUUGGUCUUGAUCCAAGGGUUGGCAGUGAUCCGAGAUUUGGUUCCGACCCCAGAGGUAGCGACCCUAGAUUUCCCGCCAGUGAUAUGUCAAGAGUUCCCAGCGGUGUUAGUAAUGCAAGAACGGACACAACAGGUCGAUUUGGUUCUAUCUCGGGCGAUACUGGAAGGUUUUCGGGUUCGGGUUUUGGAGCAACAAGUUUUGGACGAAAUUCUGAUUUCGGUGGGGGAAGUACUCGGAGCGCACCAAUGGACGCCGGAAGAAGAAUUGACCCUCGCACAGGUGACAUGUUUAGUUCGUCGUCGUUUGCUACAGGACCUACCGACUUUCGCCGUGCUUCGGGCGGGCAAUCAGCAUCCACAUUUGGCAGAACUACAGAUAGCCGGUUUGGAGGGGCAGCGGAUAGCCGCUUUGGUGGGAUGGUAGAUAGCCGCUUUAGUGGGGCGACAGAUAGCCGCUUUGGUGGGGCUGUUCCCAGCCGAUUUGGCGGGACAGCAGGAUUUGGCAUGGCCAGCGGGCCGAGUGAUCCGAGAUUUGGGACAACGCGUGGUGGGAUGGGGUCAGACAUGUCACGGUUCGGUGGUGGCGGCGGAAGGAUGACAACAGGAACGAUGCCAGGGGGUUUCCCGGGGAGAUUUCCAGGGGGAUCAGGCAGGCCGCCGAUGGGAGGCUCCGGAAUGGCACCCUUUAUGUCACCGUUUGAAAUGAGACGAAUGGCCACAAGUCGACGCUUCUAAGUUCCUUUGUAUUUUCUUAUUUACAAAGGCUAUUUAUUUGUCUCGAAAUUCAAAGAUGGUUGUUGUGUAUAUAUUUCCAAAAAUGUCAUAUUUUGUCAUAUUUUUUGCAUAAUGUUGUCAAAUACUUGUACGAGUAUUAAACUGAAGAAAUAUA